UCCCUUUUUUUUAACGGUAAACAUCCUGCUGAUUUUUGAACGGUCGGUUUGGGCGGCAGGAAGGGCAGCCGCCGCCAUCUUGUUUGUUUGAGCGGCUCGGAGACGGGGGUGGGGGGAGGACUAGGAGCAGGGGAGUGGCGGUCCCCCCUGGCGCCCACCCCGACUGACGGAGCUCGCACCGGGACGCGAGUGUUGUAUUUUACAGGUUUUCCCAUAGACAGUUGGCACAAUGUUCUACGCUCACUUUGUCCUGAGCAAGAGAGGGCCGCUAGCCAAAAUCUGGCUGGCGGCCCAUUGGGAUAAGAAGUUAACCAAAGCCCAUGUGUUCGAGUGCAAUUUGGAAAGCAGUGUGGAGAGCAUCAUCUCACCGAAGGUGAAGAUGGCUCUUCGAACUUCAGGACAUCUUUUACUGGGAGUUGUUAGAAUCUAUCACAGGAAAGCCAAAUAUCUCCUUGCAGAUUGUAAUGAGGCGUUCAUUAAGAUCAAGAUGGCUUUUCGUCCAGGUGUGGUUGAUUUGCCUGAGGAAAACAGGGAAGCUGCCUACAAUGCUAUCACCCUACCGGAAGAAUUUCAUGAUUUUGACCAGCCAUUACCAGAUUUGGAUGAUAUCGAUGUGGCUCAGCAAUUCAGUUUGAACCAAAGCAGAGUGGAAGAAAUUACAAUGCGAGAAGAAGUGGGCAACAUCAGCAUCCUUCAGGAAAAUGACUUUGGUGACUUUGGAAUGGAUGAUCGUGAAAUGAUGAGAGAAGAUAGUGCGUUUCCUGAUGACAUGCUGGACAGCACCAGUGCUUCCAACCUUCUCCUGGAGCCUGAACAGAGCACCAGUCAUCUUAACGAGAAAUCCAAUCACUUGGAAUACGAAGAUCAGUAUAAGGAUGACAAUUUUGGAGAAGGAAAUGAUGGUGGAAUACUGGAUGACAAGCUUCUUAGCAACAACGAAGGAGGUAUAUUUGAUGACCCACCUGCCAUCUCAGAAGGAGGCGUAAUGAUGCCUGAGCAGCCUCCUCACGAUGAUUUGGAUGACGACGACAACGUCUCAAUGGGUGGACCAGACAGUCCAGAUUCAGUAGAUCCUGUUGAACCGUUGCCAACUAUGACUGAUCAGACCACUCUGGUUCCAAAUGAAGAGGAAGCUUUUGCUUUGGAGCCUAUUGAUAUAACUGUUAAGGAGACCAAGGCAAAGAGGAAGAGAAAGCUGAUUGUAGACAGUGUGAAAGAACUGGACAGCAAGACUAUCAGAGCCCAGCUGAGUGACUACUCAGAUAUAGUUACUACACUGGACUUGGCGCCUCCUACUAAGAAGUUGAUGAUGUGGAAAGAGACUGGAGGAGUCGAAAAACUUUUCUCUCUUCCUGCUCAGCCUCUGUGGAAUAACCGGUUGUUGAAGCUCUUCACCCGCUGUCUUACACCUCUUGUACCAGAAGACCUCAGAAAGAGGAGGAAAGGUGGAGAGGCUGAUAACUUGGAUGAGUUCCUUAAGGACUUUGAGAACCCUGAAGUACCCCGAGAGGAGCUGCCUCAGCGUAAUGUGAUAGAUGAACCCAUCACGGAGGAGCCAAGCCGCCUCCAGGAGUCCAUAAUGGAGGGCAACAGGACCAAGUUGGACGAAUCAGUGAUGCCACCGCCUCCACCUCAGACAGGUGUAAAGCGAAAGGUUGCACAAGUGGAACCGGAGCCUGUCCUACAUGUGAGUGAGACUCAGCCAUUGCAGCAGAUUGAAAUGCCCCCAGUGGAGCUGCCUCCUGAAGAAACCCAAAGCAUUUGCCAGUUGAUUCCAGAGCUGGAGCUCUUGCCUGAGAAGGAGAAGGAGAAAGAAAAAGAGAAAGAAGAGGAGGAGGAGGAAGAGGAGGAAGAUGGCACUGGCGGUGAUCAAGAUCAAGAGGAAAGGCGGUGGAACAAGAGAACUCAACAGAUGCUUCAUGGUCUUCAGAGAGCUCUUGCUAAAACCGGAGCCGAAUCCAUCAGUUUGCUUGAGCUGUGCAGGAACACAAACCGCAAACAAGCAGCAGCAAAAUUCUACAGUUUCUUGGUACUGAAAAAGCAGCAAGCUAUCGAGCUGACGCAGGUGGAGCCCUACAGCGACAUCAUUGCGAGUCCCGGUCCCAGAUUCCAUAUUAUUUGAAUCCUUGGCUUACUGUGUAUAGUUAGCUUCAUUAGUACUUACACAUUGUCUCAUGUGUAGGGCCCACAAACGGAAGAAAAAAGAAAUCUAGGUCUCAUUGUCUGUACAGAGUUGUUGGCUUUUGUGUUUUGGGGUUUUCUAUUAAACUUUACCACUUUUUUUCACUUCUGACUACUUGAGUUCCGGUUGCGAUUAAGUGACUCAAGGAGCUUAUGAUGAGUUUUUUUUAAAAAAAUUCAAAACAGAUAUGUGCAAUAUUGGUUCAAUUAUGACUAAUGGUUUUACAGUUAUCUGGUUGGGAACAUAGAGCUGUUUUAAUCCACUCCAGGAGAUAACUAUGGCCAACCUGCUGUCUCAUUAAAAUCUUUGCCAAAUGUGUCUAAAAUAUUCUGCCGCCUCCUCGCAGUAGUGAAUUUUUAUCUUCCCUAAACUUCUUGGUGUUUAUCAUGAUUUCUCAUGGCAUUCUUGGAGCUGCUGCUAUGAAUGCUUGUUACUUGGCAGGGUUCCUUGCUGUGCCAUGCUAUAGAAUAGAGUUCAGGCUGGCUGGGUAAUUGGGGAAUGUUUUUAAAACCAAUUGGAUCUUCUCUAAGCACAAAACUUUUCCUAUAUCUGAUACGACAUUCCUUAUUGUGGUCCAUUUCUGAUACAUCUAUCAAUGGUAUAAUAAACAGCCAGUUGUAGCUAAACUUUUUUUUGUUGAAACUAGAGUUCCUGAACAUUUUUUUAAAAAUUGGAGAUUUGUAGAAAUGCCAUACUUCUAGACUGCAAAUAGUUUGGUCUAGGUAAGUUCGAGACGUCUUGGAAUCUAAGCAAAGACGCCACUGGCCCUGCGGAUGGCAAGUUACAGAUGUACAUUUUAGAGACACGUAAACUCACAUUUAUCUGACAUAAUCUUCUUGUGUUAUAUAUUAAUGACUCUCCCAUAGACUUUUAUGGCUUCUGUAACUAUUUUCCAAUAAUGCACACUCUGGAGCCCUUUGUAGAUCACGUCCAAUUUGGAUUGAUUGUAAGAAAAAUAAAGGCUUUACUGUUAGGAUCAGGUUGCCAGAAAUCAUGUGAAUAUAUUGAUGAUAAAUGUCAGCUUUUUUAGGGCGAAAUUAUUUGAACGAUAAAGGUUUUGGUUUUAAAUGUUGGCACUUUUGUGAAAUGAUUCUCUUUAUGGGACUGAGGUUUCAGUAUAUUCCCCCAAGUGUAAAAUUAUGUGAAUGUUUUAAAAUUUGCAACAUGUUUUAAUAAUCCUCGAGAAAGUUAAUUGUAUAAAAUAGUUACCGCAGCUUUAUUUUUGACAUGAUGUGCCUGUACAACCAUGAUUCCCUCCCCUUUUGUACAAAGAGACAUUGUAGAUAACUUGAAUGUUUAAUUAUAGAGAAAGUCAUUAGUUUUCUUGUUAAAGUUUGUUUAGUCUGUUUUUGUUGCUUUUCAAGGUUAAUAUUCUUGAAAAUAGUUGCUGUUAUGUAUAACUUUUCUAAUAAAAGUUGUGGUAUAAGCUA